AUGCCGCUGAUACUGCUCACGCCAAACGCGUUUCGCGUGAAGCGUCAUCCCUGGAUCGCCCGCAGGGUCAUCGCGAUUGUGGGCGAGCAGUACGUCACCCACCCACGUGAGGAGCAUCAGUCGAUGUUGUUUGUGCUCCCGCCGGAGUACAUCCCGGACGCGGUCAACACGCUGCAGAGCCUCGGGUUUCAGGUAACCGACCACACCGCUGCCGUCGCGGGCGAGGCGGCGACGCUCCACAAGCUGAAUCGCUGGAGCAACAUUGCACAGCUGGUGGCGCUGGGCUACGUGUGGUUCAUGAUUGCCCUCUUUGUCAUGAAUGAGUCACGGCGCGUGCAGACGAUGUUUCACGAAUACAAGCGGGAGAUGGUGGUGAAGGCCGGAAAGGACCCUGAAGAAAUGGGCCUGUAG